CCCAGUCUGGUUUGGAACUCCUGGGAUCAAGUGGUCCGCCCACCUCUGCCUCCCAGAGUGCUGGGAUUACAGGCGUGAGACAGGGAACCAGGCCUAGGCACUUUCUAUUCUAAACACUUUCCAUUGAUUAUCACAUUUAAUCCCAACAACCCUCCACUUUAUAGAUAAGGAGACAGGCCUAGAAAGAGAUCUAAAAAGGGUCACACGGCUAGAAAGUGGCACAACCGAUUCCAAGCCAGUUACCCAGGCAAUCUGGCUCCAGAGUCCAAAUAACCCCACCAAACAAACUCCCAGGAAUCGCCAGACCUGUGGGUUAUCGGACUGGAGACCCACCCAUGCAGAGGACUUUUAUGGGCAUUUCCUGGUCCUUCCUGCACCAGGCAAGAAAAUGCACCGCCACUGCUCGGGAAGAAUGCCAAGCCGCACGCCCGGAGCCUAGCACCAGGAGCAAGGGCCAGGGCACCUCAGGACCACACAGGCGUCCCAGGGAGGAAGGUCGAUGGGGGCGUGGCUGAGAAUCUUGAAUCACCCAAUAACGAGGUGUGCCGGGGCGCUAUGCAAAUAAUGUGUACGUUUUAUUGGGCACUGGCUCUCCGGAGUCCCGCCCCGCCCUCGCCUGAGGAAAUGGACAGACUUUUUGCAAAUGCCUUGAAGGGUGGAAUUAGCAGCAAGCUCUUGAAACUGCCUCUGGAGAUGGAAUCCAGCGGAAUUCUCGAAAAGAAGAGGGGUGCAUGCACUGAUUUCCAAGCGCAGUUUGUCUAUGUUAGUCUUGCACGUGCUUGACUCCAGUCAGCCACCGUAGGCCCCGCCACCCGCCGUACACUUUCUUUCGAUCUUUUGGCCAGUAGCUUCGCGCUUGCUCACGAACUUGCCUGCCUGCGUGGCCCACCCAGUCCCUCCUUCCAGUCCGUCUUCCCCCUCCGCAGCCUCUGCCAGCAGCCACUGCGCAUGCCUUCUGACGCCCCCUCUGGUCCAGCGUGGGAGGAGGGGAUGGAAAUGAGGUUGGGCCGACCAGCUCGCGCGCGCUCCCUUCCCUGCUCUACCCCGUCGCCGGACGCGCGCCGGGCUGUGCAGCUCCGUGGGGCCGAGGGCAGUGCAGCAGCGGCGACGGCUGCUGCGGCCCUGGCCGCGGCGGGAGGAGCCCGGAGCCCCGCCCCCGGGGAGGGGCCGUCCUGCAGGUCCCCGCUCCAUCCUCCACGGUCCAAUUCAAGCCAGGGAUGAAAUUUAGCAGCAAGAAGGACGCAGUUGACGCGGUGCCAAUGAACUAAGUCAAAACCCGGGUUCCUGUGCCAGCAAGAUGCUGGAAGGAGGCGCGGAGUCCAUGGCCGGGGCCACGGAUCCUAGUCCCACUGGCAAGGAACCAGUGACUGAAGAAACUCCCCACCAGGGCCCACCGCAGAAGCCCAGCCAGUCGUCUGCGGGCGCGCCUCCCCGGCCCCGCCGGCGGCCCCCACCCGAGCGCCCACACCGGUGCCCGGACUGUGACAAGGCCUUCUCGUACCCGUCCAAGCUGGCCACGCACCGCUUAGCACACGGCGGCGCCCGACCCCACCCAUGCCCAGACUGCCCAAAGGCCUUCUCCUACCCCUCCAAGCUGGCAGCCCACCGCCUCACGCACAGUGGUGCCCGCCCACACCGGUGCCCACACUGCCCAAAGGCCUUUGGCCACCGCUCCAAGCUGGCGGCUCACCUCUGGACCCACACGCCCACCCGCCCCUAUCCAUGCCCCGACUGCUCCAAGUCUUUCUGCUACCCUUCCAAGCUGGCGGCCCACCGCCACACUCACCACGCCACCGACGCCCGCCCCUAUCCUUGCCCGCAUUGCCCCAAGGCUUUCUCAUUUCCCUCCAAGCUGGCCGCCCAUCGCCUAUGUCACGAUCCCCCCACUGCGCCCAGCAGCCAGGCCACAGCCCGGCACCGAUGCUCCAGCUGCGGCCAGGCCUUUGGCCAGAGACGCCUCCUGCUCCUUCAUCAACGCAGCCACCACCAGGCGGAGCACAAGGGGGAGAGAGACUGAGCCCUCCCUUGGGCUCACUGUCCCCCUCUGCCCUUAGCCCUUGCCAGUAAGAGGUGGGAUUUCUAAGCCCCGCUGUAUGAGCUCGCCUCUUCCAGAUAGCUGGCAGGGCAAGGGAUUGGCCAUUUAUACUGGGCUCAAACUCAAAAGCCCGAGGAACUGUUUGCUCCCCUGCUUUAGGGAGAAUAAAGCAUCAACCACAGUUUUAGCACUGGGUCUCAAACCACAGACGUGAAGCUGUGGUUUGACAGCGCUGGCUCUGCUUCUCCCCACACACAUACAUAGCAAGGGUAAAAAAGUCUGCUACUAUUGUAGGCUGAUGAGGAUGGUGGGCAAACAGGCUCUCUUGCUGUUACAAGUUGAAAUUGGUGUCUCUCCUUUGACCAUAUGACUGUAUCUAAGAAACUGAAAAUACAUACAUGUUUGUUUCAACUCUU